AUGCCUCACAGCUUCUGGCCGUCGCCGACGGCGAAGGAGGACAGUACGAUCCUGGUCUGGGCACAUCCGAAUCCCAGCGACAUGGACGACAAGAUGGAUCGGAUCUUCUUCCAGAACCUGUUGAUGUACGUUAGUGACGUUAGCGAAGGCAAGGAGCGGUUGAGUCUGUUGCAGGUCAUGCUGAUGCAGCACAUUUCCGCAACCGCGUUAAUCAUGCUGCCGAACCUCUGGUUCCUCGGGCCCCUCCGGUGGUGGAUCCCGUGGCUAUUCCAGUGUCUUUGCGCCUACGUGGCCCUGUGGAUGGGCAAGAAGCCGCUCCUCCGAAAGUACAUGUCGGUGGAAGACUGGGAGGACGAAGAUGUGCAGGAGCGCGUCGGGAUGUGGAGGAAGAAGGAUUUAUGA